AUGACUAUCACCACGUCGAGCUUACGAGCACAUCUACUACAAUCGCUCUCUACCCUUCCGAACCGACAUGAUCUCGGCCUGACAAUCCUAGUUUCGAAACCUAAGAAGACCGCCUCUAUCUUCCCUCACACCCCCAUUCCUCCGAAAUGCCUUCAACAGGACUUUCUCAUAGUGCUUUCAUCCGACCUUCCUUCUAAUGCCAAUAUCAAACCUCGAGAUCAAGGUAGUACCGAUGCACCAUCAUCGUCAACAUCCACGAACCUCCCUGAGCAAGACGAAUCACCCAAGAAAGUAUCAGUAUCUGCCAUCUCAGCCAACCUAUAUACAUUCCCUUCCUCUUCCUCUAGGGCAAGUUCGAUCCUGUACGUUUCUAAAGUCGAUUCAUCCGGAUACUCCCCAUCCGUUCUCCCACUUACCCGACUACUCAUCGCUUCAUUCUUCAACUUCUUUCUUCUAAACGUACAGAACGUACGGAUUCAGCUAUUUGCUAGAUCGCAAAACCAAUAUUUAUUUGCCAACUCGUCUCAAGGUGGUGGUAAGAAGGUCCUGUCUGGAGCGGGUCUAUGUAAAUGGUGGAAAAACGUUUAUGAAGAAAGUGUCAUAAGCUAUAUCUCAUCCAUCUCCAAAGAUCCAAAUCAGAAAAGGGAACGAGAAGGGGGGGAAAUAAAGUUGAAUUAUCUCUUACCGGGUUACGAAGAAGUGGAAUCUUUGAAUUUGUUAGGUAAAGGAAAAGACCUGCCGGAAGGAUUGAAAUGGGAAUAUAAACCACCUUUCGAUGAUCCCAUCACAUCUACUGGCAAUGCCAAUACCAAUAACACCACCAGAUUAAGAAAUUUGCCGAUAUCGUUGGCAACGUUGAUACCUUCUUUACCUGAUGAUCCCAAGACUAGAUUCUUAGAAGAAUUAGUUAUAGAUACCUUUCAACAAAAUCCUAAUCCACUCAAGUCACGUCAACAGACACAACAGAAGGAAGGAGCAUCUUCUUCGAGUUCAGCGAGUACUAGUACGAGUCCCAAAAAGAGUAAGAAGGAGAUUGAGCUGGAAGAAGAGUUGAAUCAGAGGCAAUCAUCUCAUAUAGCUUUGAGUAAAAUUGAUAAGAAUGAGUUUUGGGAAAGGAUUGGAUUUAGACAGGAAUGCGCGGGGGACGUUACUGGAUUUUUCACUCUAGAAACGACUGGGGAAGACAACAUCAAUGGUGUUGUUGAAUCAAAGACAGGCACCAGCAAAGUCGAAACCAAAGAAGACACGAAUGAACAACACUCAACGACUGGUUCUUCUAUACCACCCACGGUGACUGACGUUGUCGAUCCGAUAACUUCCCUGGAUCCGGAGAGUGAGAAAGUAUCGGUUGAUCAACCUAAAGACAUACCCAUUUCGUCAAACUCGACCUCAAACUCAGCCCUCCCUUUCAAAUCUACAGAUCGACCUGAACCGGUCUCGAAAGAACCCCUACUUCGGAUCGAAAUCAUCAACAGACUUCUCACAGCUCUCACUAAUUUAGAUUUCGCCAAUCUCACAUUGGCGAUUGAAGGAAGUGAAAUAUGGUUAAAGCAAGUCAAUUCGAUUGUCAAAGGUGAGAUUGGUGAGAAAAGCAGUGAGGGCUGUUCUGGAGUUAUACCGAGGAAAAUGAAUUUGCCUGAUUCAGGAGAAGGAGCAGGAGCAGGAUUGGUCAGGAAAGAGAGACAAGAAGAAAAGGUUACGAUGCUGAUGCCAAGGAAGAAGAAGAAGAUUUGA